UUUGAUUGGUAGGAAGGCGAACGCGCAAUAGACCAGCUUUACGGGACAAGCAGGAACGAGAGUAUUCCAGAAAAUAUCAGCUAAGGAGAUAAUUGUUUUUUCUUCUCUAACUUUCCAGACAAAGAUGAUCGAAGUGGUUUGCAAUGAUCGUCUGGGCAAGAAAGUCCGGGUCAAGUGCAACUCUGAGGAUACCAUCGGAGAUCUGAAGAAGCUCAUAGCUGCCCAAACAGGAACACGGUACGACAAGAUUGUAUUAAAGAAAUGGUACACCAUAUUCAAGGACCACGUGUCUCUGGGUGACUAUGAAAUCCACGAUGGGAUGAACCUGGAGCUGUACUACCAGUAGAGGAGAGGGGAACCACAAGUCAGAUGUACAGAUGUUAAGAUGUUCCUUGCCCACACACCCCACACACACACACACACACACACACACACACACACACACACACACACACACACACACACAGAUGGGAUUAACUGAAGGUCUUGCAGGACAAAAGUGAAAGUGCGACAUGGACACACAGCAGACAACUGAUUUUUUGAUUUUUUUCCCCCCUCAAAUUACUUUGUGAAAGAUGUUUUUUGUUUUGAUAUUUUGGAAAUAAAGCUGAUAUUUACCUGA